GUUCCAUCUUCAAACAUCUCCAAAUCCUCUUCAGUGACCAAACGCACAUUCAGCAGUCAUGUGUGCACGGCUCAGACAGUAGAUGAAACACCUCUCUUCUCUGGACAGAUGACCAUUGUCUGGAAAUCCCUUCAUCAGCCAGCUCAAGAGGGGUAUGCGGGUCACCAAGAAGCAUAAUGAAGACAAUUUCCUCGUGUGUCCUUCAAAGAGAAGCAGACACAUCAUGAGAUGACCGUCGCGGCAGCAAUGGCAGGGUCAAACAUGGUCUUUUCCGAUGUUGAAAGUUUUCUAGACGAGCACCCGGAAUUAUUACAGGACUAUCUGAACAGAAAAGCCAAGGCAAGUAUGGUGGAAAGGUGGAUGAAGAACCAUCACGCCACUAAAACUCCGGCGAACUCCAGCGCGGAAGCGGAGAAAGCGGCGAACGCGUGCGGCAAAGACAGCUGGGCGAGCAGAAGCGACGGACUGCAGAGACGAGCGUCGCAGAAAGAGCUGAGGAAAACCUUCGCCAGGUCUAAAGCCAUCAACGCCAACAGGACUUACGACGAACACGUUAACUCCAGAGCCCAGGAGCCGCUGACCAGCAUGAGGAGACGCGCGCUGCUGCGUAAAGCCAGCUCUCUGCCGCCAACCACCGCGCACAUCCUCUCCGCGCUGCUGGAGUCCCGGGUCAACAUCCCUCAGUACCCCUCCACCGCCGUAGACUACAAAUACUACCUGAAGGAGCACAACGAGAGGGAGUUCUUCCUGGAGCUCGUCAAAGACAUCUCCAACGACCUGGAUUUGACCAGUCUGAGCUACAAGAUCCUGGUGUUUGUGUGCAUCAUGGUGGAUGCUGACCGCUGCUCCCUGUUCCUGGUGGAGGGACCGGCCAGUAAAAAGACUCUGGUGUCCAAGUUCUUUGACGUUCACGCUGGAACCACAGUGUUGCCCUCUCUCAGUAACUCGGAUGAGGGAAUGCAUGCGCACAAAUAA